UUCUGUAUAAAAGCAGCUCUCUUCUCCGAUUCUGAGGGUUAACCAAAACACACACAAACGAGAACCCUUUUUCUCUACUCUCUGGGCUUUGGGCCUCAUUCUCGUACACAUAAACCCUUUACUCUCUUUCUUGAUUUUCAAUUUACUUUGAUGUUUAUGAAUCCCUUGUUUAUCUCUACACAACCAGUAUAAAGGAGUGUAGAGGAGUAGAAGAGGAGUGGCUGUGAAAUCUUAUGGCGGGUACCCUAAGAUCGAGCUUGCCGUCGAGGUUACGGCAACUUUUAUCCGGUGAAGGACCUAUCGGUCCGAAUGUUAAACUUGACUCUGAGACUCCCCCAAAAGUGAAAACAUUCAUAAACAAGGUGAUUCAGUGUCCAUUGCAAGACAUAGCAAUCCCUCUCUCUGGUUUUCACUGGGAGUACGGCAAGGGAAAUUUUCAUCAUUGGAGGCCGCUGUUUCUGCAUUUUGAUACAUACUUCAAGACAUACUUGUCUAGCAGGAAGGACCUACUUUUGGCAGAUACUCUAGAAGAUGAUACUCCUUUCCCUAAGCAAUCGGUUCUUCACAUCUUGCGUGUGAUGCAAAUAGUUUUAGAAAAUUGUCACAACAAAAGUUCCUUCGAUGGUUUAGAGCAUUUCAAGCUCUUGCUUGCAUCCACAGACCCUGAUAUUCUCAUUGGAACCUUGGAGACUCUUUCAGCAUUAGUGAAAAUAAAUMCCUCAAAACUUCAUGCAAGUGGGAAGCUGGUAGGAUGUGGUUCAAUAAACAAUUGUCUUUUGUCAUUAGCGCAAGGAUGGGGAAGCAAGGAAGAGGGUUUGGGCCUGUAUUCAUGUGUUAUGUUAAAUGAAAGAACCCAAGAUGAAGGUCUAAGCUUGUUCCCAUCAGAUGUACAAACUGAAAGUGACAAUUCUCAGAACCGUGUGGGUUCUACCCUCUACUUUGAGUUGCAUGGUACAAAUAMCCCAAGUACAGGUGAUSGUGGUGACAUGAUCACUUCUACCAGCACGAGCAUUAUUCACAUUCCUAAUCUUCACUUGCAUAAGGAGGAUGACAUAUCUUUGAUGAAGAUGUUGAUUGAGCAGUACAUCAUACCUCCUGAGCAUAGGUUCUCGUUGCUGAGUAGGGUUAGAUAUGCUCAUGCCUUCCGAUCUUCUAGAAUAUGCAGGCUGUACAGCAAGAUAUGCCUUCUUGCCUUCAUCGUCCUUGUUCAAUCAAGUGAUUCUCAUGAUGAACUGGUGUCUUUUUUUGCUAAUGAGCCAGAAUAUACAAACGAGUUAAUAAGACUAGUGAAAUCUGAAGACACUAUACCUGGAACAAUUCGUACACUUGCAAUGCAUGCUCUUGGAUCCCAACUAGCGGCAUAUUCAUCAUCUCAUGAGAGGGCACGCAUUUUGAGUGGGUCAAGCAUUAGCUUUGCUGGGGGGAAUCGCAUGAUUCUCCUUAAUGUGCUGCAAAGGGCGAUUUCUUCUUUAAAUAACUCCAGCGACCCAUCAUCUAUUGCUUUUGUUGAAGCACUUCUCCAGUUCUAUUUGCUUCAUGUGAUAUCCACAUCAAGUUCUGGGAGUGUUAUACGGGGAUCGGGAAUGGUCCCAACAUUUUUACCUCUUUUAGAGGACUCAGAUCCUUCACAUAUGCAUCUUGUCUGUUUAGCAGUGAAGACUCUGCAAAAGCUGAUGGACUACAGCAAUUCAGCCGUCACUCUCUUUAAAGACUUGGGAGGAGUAGAGCUUUUAACCAACAGACUGCAGAUAGAAGUAGUUAGGGUGAUUGGUUCAGAAAUAAGUAAUGAUAGUUCAAUGAGCAUUGGGGAGUCCUCAAGCACUAAUGUUGAUUGGCUUUAUUCACAGAACCGGCUCAUCAGGGUUUUGUUGAAGGCACUUGGUUCUGCUACUUAUGCUCCAUCAAAUUCAACAAGACCUCAGGGUGUUCAUGAUGUUUCUUUGCCUGCCACUCUCUCAAUGAUCUUUGAGAAUGUGGAUAAGUUUGGAGGUGAUAUAUAUUCUGCAGCUGUUACUGUUAUGAGUGAAAUGAUUCAUAAAGACCCCACUUGUUAUGGUGUGUUGGAGGAAUUGGGUCUUCCUGACGCGUUUCUAGAGUCGGUGAAAGCUGGAAUUCUGCCUUCUUCGAAAGCUCUUACAUGUGUUCCUAAUGGUAUUGGGGCUAUUUGUCUCAACACCAAGGGCCUAGAGGCAGUCAGAGAAGCUUCAACUUUAAGGUUUCUGGUUGAUAUUUUCACUGCUAAGAAAUAUGUACUUGCAAUGAAUGAUGGAAUUGUGCCUUUGGCAAAUGCUGUUGAGGAGCUUUUGCGUCAUGUCUCCCCAUUGAGAGGUACUGGUGUAGAUAUGAUUAUUGAGAUCGUUAAUAAAAUCGCUUCAAUAGAGGACUGCAAGGGUAGAGGACAAUCGGGAAAAGUUAAUGAGAGCAAUGCUAUGGAUAUGGAUACCGAAGACAAGGAAAAUGUAGGUCAAUGUCUAGUUGUUGCCUCAGAUUCAGCCUCAGAAGGAAUUGGUGAUGAACAGUUUAUCCAGUUAUGCAUCUUUCAUGUGAUGGUGUUAUUCACAGUCAACAGGACUCCGGCAUCUCCAAUGGAGAUUGAUGAAGGAGCUCCAAAGCAUGACUCAGAAGAAACAGUUCGUUCKUGGAUAGAUGGUCCUUUGGCCAGUUAUGGUAAACUUAUGGAUCACCUAGUGACAUCAUCUUUUAUAUUGUCUCCAUUCACCAAACAUUUUCUUACACAACCCCUUGUAACCGGAGAUGUUGCAUUUCCACGUGAUGCUGAGGUUUUUGUGAAGGUCCUGCAAUCUAUGAUUUUGAAAGCURUGCUCCCUGUAUGGACACACCCACAAUUUACUGAUUGCGGUGACGAGUUYAUUGGUACCGUGAUAUCUAUCAUCCGUCAUGUUUUUUCUGGGGUUGAAGUGAAAAGUGUAAGCAAUGCUGGAUCACGUCCUUCUGGUCCUCCUCCAAAUGAAACAACUAUAUCCACAAUUGUAGAAAUGGGGUUUUCUAGAUCUCGAGCAGAGGAGGCUCURAGACAGGUGGGAUCAAACAGUGUGGAGUUGGCAAUGGAGUGGCUGUUCUCACAUCCAGAGGAAGUUCAAGAAGACGAUGAACUUGCYCGUGCACUUGCUAUGUCCCUUGGUAAUUCUAGAACCGAUGGAAAGGAUAUUGUUACAAGUGAAAGUAGUCAACAGAUUGAAGAGGAAACUGUGCAGCUACCCCCUGUCAGUGACUUGUUGUCUACCUGCAAAAAGCUUCUAGAAAUGAAAGAUUCUCUAGCCUUUCCAGUUCGRGAUCUUCUUGCUAUGAUAUGCUCUCAAGAUGAUGGUCAAUACAGGUCCAAUGUUGUAUCAUUUAUCCUUGAGCAGGUAAAGCUUUAUAGUUCCAAUGCUGAUGGUGGAAAGAAUAACAUGCUAUCCUCCCUCUUUCAUGUSCUUGCUUUGAUUCUUAAUGAGGAUAAGGAUGCAAGAGAAGUUGCUUCUAAGAGUGGUCUGGUUAAAGUUGCAGCAGAUCUUUUGUCGGACUGGAACUCUUGUACACAUGAGAAUGAGACAUUGCUUGUUCCUAAAUGGGUGACGGCAGCUUUUCUUGCUAUUGAUCAGCUUGCCCAAGUUGAUCAAAAGUUGAAUGCUGAUAUUUCAGAGUUGUUAAAGAAAGAUGAUGUUGGUAACCAGAAUGCUUUAGUGAUAGACGAGGACAAGCAAAGUAAGUCACAACCAAGUUUGGGAUUAUUCUCGAAGCAUAUUGAUAUUGAAGCGCAAAAGAGAUUUGUUGAGAUAUCUUGUGGCUAUUUGACGAARCAGCUUCCUGCUGAAACAAUCCAUGCUGUUCUGCAGCUAUGCUCUACACUGACAAGAACUCACUCWGUCGCUGUUAGUUUUCUAGAUGCUGGGGGAUUGCCUUUGCUACUAUCUCUGCCUACAAGUAGCCUAUUUGUUGGCUUUGAUAAUGUUGCUGCUACUAUCAUUCGCCAUAUCCUUGAAGAUCCCCAGACUCUCCAACAGGCGAUGGAAAGUGAAAUACGGCAUAGUGUUGUGACAGCUGCCAAUCGACAGUCUAAYGGAAGGCUYACACCCCGUAACUUUCUGUUGAAUUUGACUUYUGUMAUUUCAAGGGAUCCUGUGAUUUUUWUGAGAGCUGUGCGGUCUGUGUGCCAAAUUGAAAUGGUUGGUGAAAGGCCAUAUGUUGUCUUGCUAAAAGAUCGUGAKAAGGAUAAGUCUAAAGAAAAAGAAAAGGAAAAAGAGARAGGAGAUGAAAAAGAUAAACCACAGACUACAACUGAUGGUAAGAUGAGUUUGGGUGAUAUCAACUCACUAGCUCYAGGUAGCGGGAAUGCCAAACUUCCCGAGACAAAUACCAAGAAUGUAAAAGUUCAUCGUAAGCCUUCUCAAAGUUUUGUUACUGUUGUUGAGCUGCUUUUGGAGUCUGUUAUUACUUUUGUACCUCCUUCAGAAGACAAAACAGUGGCAGGAGAGGGCUCUUCAGUGAUAGAUAUGGAAAUUGAUGUUGCUUCAAGUAAGGGUAAGGGGAAGGCUAUUGCCUCARCAUCUGAAGAGAAAGAAGACAGUGGCCAGGAAUCUUCUGCAUCUUUGGCCAAGGUUGUAUUUAUUUUGAAGCUCUUAAAGGAGAUUCUUUUGAUGUAUGGUCCAUUUGUUCAUGUUCUGCUACGGAAAGAUGCGGAACUUAGCAGCAGUCAUGUCCCUCCCCUGAAGGGUCCUACUAGUAUCGGUGCUGGUGGAAUAUUUCAUCACAUUCUUUGCAAGUUUCUUCCUCACUUGAGAAGUUCUAAAAGGGAAAAGAAGACAGAUGGRGACUGGAGGCACAAACUAGCCGGUCGAGCGAGCCAGUUUUUGGUGGCUUCUUGUGUGCGUUCUACGGAGGCAAGGAGGAGAAUUUUUAUAGAGAUCAAUAAUGCUUAUAUUGACUUUGUUGACAAUUGUAAAGUUCAUCGGCCUCCUGGAAAUGAUAUCCAAGCAUUUGUUGAUCUACUUGGUGAUGUACUGGCUGCUCGCUCGCCUACAGGUUCUYCAAUUUCAGGAGAAGCUUCUGUUACUUUUAUAGACGUCGGUUUGGUGAGAUCGCUUACACGAACUUUACACAUGUUGGACCUGGAUCAUGCYGAGUCGCUAAAGAUUGUACCAGGGCUUGUGAAGGUUUUGGAGCUCGUCACUAAAGAACAURUUCAUGCUGCUGAGGCUACUACCGCAAGAGCUGAGAAUCCAACAAAACCUYCUGAGCAUAGUCAACGGGGGGGAACAAGUAAUGCUGGCGAUCUAUCUCACUCUACAGAAACUGCAUCUCUACCUAAUGCAAGUUCUGCACCAACUGAAGUUGUCGAGCCUUUUAGCACUGUCCAAACCUAUGGUGGAUCUGAGCCUGUUACAGAUGACAUGGAACAUGAUCAGGAUAUUGAUGGAGGUUUUGCUCCUCCAAGUGAAGAUGAUUACAUGCAUGAAACUUCUGAGGAUACAAGGGGUCUUGAAAAUGGUCUUAGUUCUGUGGGAAUAAGAUUCGAAAUUCAACCUGAUAUUCGUGAGAGCCUUGACGAAGAUGAUGAGGAUAUGUCSGGGGAUGAAGGAGACGAAGUUGAUGAAGAUGAGGAUGGAGAGGACGAAGGACAAAAUGAUCUGGAAGAAGAUGAAGUGCAUCACUUGCCCCAUCCUGACACUGAUCAAGAUGAUCAUGAAAUUGAAGAUGAGUUUGAUGAGGACAUGAUUGAGGAAGAAGAUGAGGAUGAUGAAGACGAUGACGGUGGAGUUAUACUAAGAUUGGGUGAGGGAAUGAAUGGCAUAAAUGUAUUGGAUCAUAUUGAGGUAUUUGGUAGAGACCAUAGUUUUUCCAACGAUUCUCUCCAUGUGAUGCCUGUUGAAGUUUUUGGUUCCAGACGCCAAGGUCGUACAACUUCUAUAUAUAAUCUUUUGGGGAGGUCAGGUGAURGCUCUGUUCCAUCUCAGCAUCCACUUCUAAUGGAGCCUUCUUCGUCGCGUGUAGUUUCUUCCCGACAAGCAGAAAAUGCACGUGAUGGGCACCUUGAAAGAAAUUUGGAGUCAUCCUCAUCACGACUGGAUUCAAUCUUCCGGUCUUUGAGGAAUGGUCGCCACGGACAGCAUGGGCAUCGUCUUAGCAUGUGGACCAAUGACCAGCAAAGUGGUGGAUCUAAUGCAUCUAGCAUCCCCUUAGGCCUUGAAGAUCUGUUGGUUUCUCAUCUGAGGCAUCCGACUCCAGAGAAGGGCUCUGAUCAAGACAAAAUGGUGGAGGCUCAAACUAAAAAUGAGUCUGGUCAAUCCCAAGGAUCAGCUGGGAUGGUACCUGACACUGCUGCUGAGAACAAUGAUAAUGGGGAUCAAGUUCCUCCUGCUUCAUUGAGUGGCUCUCGUGAUUCUGGAAACGCACCAACGGUAGAUGAAACUCAAGGGGGCACUGAUGUACCGGUUGGACAACCUCAAUCUGUGGAUAUGCAGUUUGAUAGCAAUGAUGCUGUUGUGCGGGAUGUUGAAGCUGUGAGCCAAGAAAGUAGUGGAAGUGGAGCCACAUUAGGAGAAAGCCUUAGAAGUCUGGAUGUUGAAAUUGGAAGUGCUGAUGGCCAUGAUGAUGGGGGAGAGAGACAAGGUUCCUCUGAUUUGCGAACAAGGAGAACAAAUGUAUCAGUUGGGAACACGACAUCAAUAAGCGUGAGAGAUGCAGCCCUUCAUAGUGUAACAGAGGUUUCAGAAAAUCCUAGUCAAGAAACAGASCAGAGUGAUUYGGCUCAGGAUGCACAGCGUGAUGGUGCUGGUGGUUCUGCGCCAAUUGACCCUGCAUUUUUGGAUGCACUUCCUGAGGAGUUACGUGCUGAGGUUCUUUCAGGCCGACAGGGUCCAGUGGCACAGCCUUCGAAUACCGAACCACAAAAUGACGGAGAUAUAGACCCUGAAUUCCUUGCAGCACUUCCCCCGGACAUUCGAGCAGAAGUUUUAGCACAGCAGCAGGCACAGGGGGUUCACCGGUCACAAGAAUUGGAAGGUCAACCUGUGGAGAUGGAUACUGUUUCGAUAAUUGCUACAUUCCCGUCAGAAUUAAGGGAAGAGGUCCUUCUAACGUCCUCUGAUGCCGUUCUUGCUAAUCUCACGCCUGCUCUUGUUGCGGAGGCAAACAUGUUGCGGGAGAGGUUUGCUCGUCGUUACAAUCGGACACUUUUUGGUAUGUUCCCUAGAAGUAGGAGAGGUGAGUCAUCUAGAAGAGGUGAAGGAGUUGGAUCUAGCAUGGAUAGAACUGGCGGAAUCAUUACUCGUAGGUCAAGUGGAAGCAAGCCUGUUGAAACUGACGGKRCUCCUUUAGUUGRCAGAGAAGAUCUUAWAGCAAUGAUUAGGUUGCUUCGUGUAGUUCAGCCACUAUAUAAACCUCAGCUCCAGAGACUGCUYUUGAAUUUGUGUGCUCACGUUGAAACCCGAUCGGCUGUAGUGAAAAUAUURAUGGAUCUAUUAAUGCUUGAUAUAAGAAAGCCUGGAAAUAAUUUGCAUGCUUCUGAGCCAUCAUAUAGGCUUUAUGCCUGCCAAAGUCAUGUGAUGUAUUCUCGUCCUCAAUGCUUUGAUGGUGUYCCUCCACUGGUGUCACGGCGUGUUCUAGAAACUUUGACAUAUUUGGCCAGGAAUCAUUCGUUUGUUGCAAAACUUUUGCUUCAGUUCAGAUUCCCUCCAACAGCUGGCCAAGAGUCUGAGAGUCUUGAUCAGUCUCGUGGAAAAGCUAUCAUGGUUGUUGAAGAAAAUGAAACAGAAAAGCAGCAAGAAGAAACCUUAGCCAUAUCAAUGCUGUUGAGCCUCUUGAAUCAACCACUUUAUUUGAGAAGUAUUGCCCAUCUCGAGCAGCUGUUGAACUUGUUAGAUGUCAUUAUUGAUAAUGCUGAGAGUAAGCAAGCUUUGGUUGAGCAGGGGGUAUCUGUUACUGAAGAAUCACCUGGUCAGACGUCUACAGUAGAUAUUAAUGCUGGUGGGUCUGGCUCGAAUACCAAAUCGUCCAAAGCUGAUUAUACUUCUAAGCCCUCAUCUUCUGUUGCUAAUACRGAAUACGACUCUCAUGCUAUUCUGCUAAACUUGCCACAAGCAGAACUACGUCUUCUCUGCUCACUGCUUGCACGUGAAUGUUUAUCGGAUAAUGCAUAUGCUCUUGUGGCGGAAGUACUGAAAAAGUUGGUGACGAUUGCACCACGUCACUGUCAUUUAUUCAUAACAGAGCUAGCUGGUGCUAUGAAGAACCUUACAACAGUGGCCAUGGAUGAAUUAUGUCGAUUCGGUGAAAUUGAGAAAGCACUUAUUACCACAACUGCUUCAGAUGGAGCAGCAAUCUUGAGGGUCAUACAAGCAUUAAGCUCACUUGUUGCUUCACUUUAUCAAGAAAAAGACCACACACUUCCCAAAAAGGAUCAAGCUGCCACCCUUUCUCUAGUUGGUGACAUAAAUGCCGCUUUGGAGCCAUUGUGGACGGAAUUAAGCACGUGCAUCAGCAAAAUCGAGAGCUACUCAGAUACUUCACCUGAUAUAAUAACUGAUUCAUCGAUGAUUUCAACAUCAAGACCUUCUGGUGCAAUGCCUCCACUUCCAGCCGGCACUCAGAACAUCUUGCCAUAUAUAGAAUCUUUCUUUGUUAUGUGUGAGAAAUUGCAUCCUGGGCAUCCGGGUGGAGCGCAAGAUUUUGGUGUGGCUGCAGUGCCUAAUAUUGAUGAGGCCACCACUUCUGAUGGCCAACAGAAAACUUCUGGGCCAUCGGCGAAGGUUGAUGAAAAGCAUGUAGUAUUUGUGAAGUUCUCGGAGAAGCAUAGGAAACUUCUCAACGCUUUUAUUAGGCAAAAUCCUGGAUUGCUUGAGAAAUCUUUCUCCCUUAUGCUGAAGGUCCCUCGUUUUAUUGAUUUUGACAACAAGCGAUCCCAUUUUAGAUCUAAAAUCAAGCAUCAACAUGAUCACCAUCAUAGUCCUUUGAGAAUCUCUGUAAGACGAGCAUACAUACUUGAAGAUUCGUAUAAUCAAUUGCGGAUGAGAUCCACACAAGAUUUGAAAGGUAGAUUGACCGUUCACUUUCAAGGGGAAGAAGGWAUUGAUGCAGGUGGUCUUACCCGAGAAUGGUAUCAGCUUUUAUCAAGGGUUAUUUUUGAUAAGGGAGCUCUGCUGUUUACAACUGUUGGCAACGAAUCUACGUUUCAGCCAAAUCCAAAUUCUGUUUAUCAGACAGAACAUCUCUCAUAUUUCAAAUUUGUUGGAAGAGUUGUCGGGAAAGCACUAUUYGAUGCUCAGUUGCUUGAUGUUCAUUUCACAAGAUCGUUCUACAAGCACAUUCUUGGGGUGAAAGUGACAUACCAUGAUAUAGAAGCUAUCGAUCCAGGUUACUUCAAGAACUUGAAGUGGAUGCUCGAGGUGUGUUUAUUGUCAUAUUUGAGCAACUUUUGGUGAACUUUUUGUGAUAUUUUUGAAUAAGUUUUGGUGACCGACUAUGAACUGAUCCCUGGUGGAAGAAAUAUUCGAGUGACAGAGGAAAACAAACAUAAAUACGUCGAUUUAAUYGCUGAGCAUCGAUUAACUACGGCAAUACGUCCUCAAAUAAAUGCUUUUCUGGAAGGGUUUAACGAAUUGAUUCCUCGGGAUUUGAUAUCUAUUUUUCAUGAUAAGGAAUUAGAACUGUUAAUAAGUGGGCUUCCAGAUAUCGACUUGGAUGACAUGAAGUCGAAUACGGAGUAUUCUGGUUACAGUGCUGCUUCUCCGGUUAUCCAGUGGUUUUGGGAGGUUGCUCAAGGCUUCAGCAAAGAAGACAAGGCUCGUUUGCUGCAAUUUGUGACCGGUACCUCAAAGGUGCCUUUGGAAGGAUUCAGUGCAUUACAAGGCAUCUCGGGAUCUCAAAAAUUUCAGAUCCACAAAGCAUAUGGAAGACCCGACCAUUUGCCUUCCGCUCACACCUGUUUCAAUCAAUUGGAUUUACCAGAAUAUCCUUCAAAAGAACAUCUGGAGGAGAGGCUAUUGCUUGCAAUUCAUGAAGCUAAUGAAGGGUUUGGUUUUGGUUAAAAAGUGAGAGGAGAAGGUGAUGGAUGUAGAUAAGAUUUUUAUCAAAAUCAAACAAGAGAUACAUGCGUUGAUAUACUAGUGUACAGUUUGAGCUUGUCAAAAAAUUGAAGUUUUUUUCUUUCUAAUCGUUAUUUAUUUAGUUGGCAGUUUUUAUUUGUUGCCAAUUUUCUGUUAGAAGUUGGGUUUGCAAACUUGCCCUGCAAUUGUACAUUGGAACAGUUUAUUGGCUGUUUUACUUAGUUGCAUUAUAUUAGAGUCAUUUAGCAUCUGAAUCAAUUAUAUGAUUCAACAAGUUUGCUUGUUUAUGAUUAUUAGACUAA